GGGAUCGUAUCACCAUGGGCACACAUGUGGGCGUCCGGCACUCCGGCAGGCACCCCUGCCCGCCACCCACACGACACUACCGAACUCGUUUUCCAUGCGCUGCCUGCAGGCGGUCGUACCAUGGGGGGGCUUAAGUGCUCACCAAGUCCAAGUGUGCAACCACUGCGGGACGGUGUGGGGACGUGACGUCAACUCCGCAACCAACAUCCGGCACGCGCUGGUGGAGAUGCUGCUGGGGCACAAGCGACCUGCAUCGCUGCAGACUGGCGGCGGCGGUGGCAGCGGCGGCGGCGGCAGCGGCGGCAGCGGCGGCGGCGGCAGCGGCGGCGGCGGCAGCGGCGGCGGCGGCAGCGGCAGCAGCGGGGGCGCGUGCGCGCUCGUGAUGGAACAUGGCAAGGGGCAGGAAAGCGUAGUCCCGAUGUGUGUGGCUCCCACCCGUGCCCACAUAAAUGCGUAGCAAGAAGGGACAAGGCAUUGGUGCGUCGUUCGCGCGCUGUUACUGUACCGACGGUAGCUGGCAGGUUGUGUCGAUGUUUUGCUGACGCGCAUUCCUCACGCUCCGGGCGCCCGGCCAAGGCGAUAGCACCACACAGACUCAAUGCGACGCCACACCGCGCGGAUAGCAUAGCCGAUGCGCACCUGCAGGCAGUCGACCGGCGUCCACGGAUGAGCUGUGUAGACGAGCACUAGCGUAAUGCAACGGCGUGCAGCAAAACAAUGGCCGGGCGACAGUGUGACAAACAGGGGCAAGAACAAGGCGAAGCAAAGCAGAAGAGGGGCCCGAAUGUGUACGACAAUUGUGGCGGGCAGGCCGAAUGCGGUGCAACACGCCAACAACACAACCGGAGGUGAGGAAGCGUUGCUGAUGGUGAGGAUAGGUGCUGCGACGUUCGGUAGGGGAGCUGUGGCCGCGCACUAGUGGGGAGGAAGUUUCCGAGGCGUUGUUUCCGAGGCAUUGUUUGUGGCUGAUGUUUGUGGCCGAUAAAGAAAGAAGUAGAGUUUCGGCUGUGAGCGGCUGGCGAGGAGAGGCGGGGGCUGUUGCGUUUGGAAGGCGGGCGGAAGGCCGCACACGCCGGGAGUCGGGCAGGCUGUAGAUUCCGCUGAAGCUGCGUUUGAGAAGGGAGCCGAAGGGACAGCUGGGGUGGGACAGUUGGUGUGGGACAGCUGGAAGGGACAACUGGAAGGGACUACUGGAAGGGACAGCUGGGAGGGACAGCUGGGAGGGGACAGCGGAUGUGGGACUGCUGCGGUGGGACAGCUGGGGAGAGGCACGGGACAGCUGGGGAGAGGCACGGGACAGCUGGCAUGGGACGCUGGGUGGCUGCAGAGGCUGGCAGCGCUGGGGCUGGUACGUUGGUGGGUACUUGGGUACGCGGCUGGCCGGGGCCCGGGGGCGCGUGCGCGCAUCUUGGUAGCGGAGGGGGCGGGAAAGGCCACGUGGAGGAGGAGAGCGCAGCGCCGCCCAAGAAGCGGCGCAAGCGCGCAGGCUGAGGAGCCGGCUGGUGUCUAGGUAGCGGUCCGCGGUGGGGCAUGCGUAGCGGCAUGACAAGUAGUGCGGCUGUUGACAACUGUGCUACGUCUGGCUGCGGUUGGCUCUGCUGUGGCAUCGCGACUGCUAGAUAGGCACCUGGUUUGGCUAUGUGCCUGUGGAAACCGACCCCGGCUAUGUCCGGGCGAUGAGGUUGUUCGGCCUCAGACUGUGGA